AUGUCUUACGAACCGAAAUGGGACGCCGACGUCGAGCAGGCGCAACAUCAAAACAAGAAAGAUGAGAUCGAUACCCUCGAACCUACCGAGACGCACCGUCAAGGAAGUGUUUUCAGCAUUGGCAAUGGAACCAAGCGACGCAUGAGCGUCAGUGACGAUGUCUUCGGCGAGAUCACAGAAGGUGGACCAAACUAUCGCAAUGUUGGUUGGAUGGGAUCAGUUGUUAUCAUGAUCAAAACCCAAAUCGGUCUCGGAGUCCUUUCAAUACCCUCUGCUUUUGAUGCUCUAGGUCUCAUACCCGGAGUCAUUUGCUUGUUGACAGCAGGGGGGUUGAUCACCUGGGGCAACUACGUCGUUGGCAGAUUCAAAGAGCGACACCCGGACGUCUACAGCAUCGUCGACGUAGGCGAGAAGCUUUUCGGAAAAAUUGGCAGGGAGGUUUUCAUGGUUCUAUUCGUGCUAUGGUGGAUCUGCGUUGCCGCUGCCGGGUACUCUGGAAUUUCUACUGCUUUCAACGCAUUGUCGUUGCACGGUGCUUGCACCGCAGUCUUCGUUGUCGUAGCGGCGAUCCUCGGUUUCCUCACUUCCAGCAUCCGGACAUUGGGCAAGAUUUCCUGGCUUGCCUGGAUUGGAGUCGUCUCUAUUAUUGUUGCUUUGUUAACGUUGACCAUCGCGGUUGGUUUGCAGGAACGACCCGCAACUGCGCCUCAGACUGGUGUAUACCAAUCUGAUUACAAACUCGUCGGCGAUCCAACUUUCGUCGAAGCGAUGAACGCCAUCAAUGCAUUUAUCUUUGCUUACGCCGGAACUCCCGGCUUUUUUGCCAUCAUCUCUGAAAUGCGGGAACCGAAAGACUACAACAAGGCCAUGUUCACAUGCCAAGGUGUAAUGACUGCAGUGUACCUGCUCGUGGGAAUCGUAGUCUACUACUACUGUGGCUCGUUCGUCGCCUCUCCCGCCCUCGGAUCCGCUGGACCUCUUCUCAAACGCGUCUGCUAUGGUCUUGCGCUCCCUGGUCUUAUCGUUUCGACUUGUCUCGUCAGCCAUUUUCCAGCCAAGUACAUCUUCCUGCGCGUGCUCAAGGGUUCCAAACACCUUGUCUCCAACUCCAAGGUUCAUUGGAUGACGUGGCUAUCUUGCACUCUCGGUGUUACGAUUGUAGCCUACAUCAUUUGCUCUGCGGUGCCCAACUUUGGUAGCCUGAUCUCUCUGGUCGGCGCCUUACUCGCCACCUUCAUGUCGCUGCAACCCCUCGGAAUGAUGUGGCUGUACGAUAACUUCAAGGGCCGCACGAGGGAUGCAAGGUGGAUGGCCGGCGUCUUUGUCAGCUGCUUUGUCAUCGUCAUUGGUACCUAUAUCAUGGUCGCAGGUUCCUACACUGCGAUUGUCGGGAUCAUCAACGACUACAAGAACGGCAGCUCCGGAGCUUGGUCGUGCGCCGAUAACUCCAACUCUGCCGGUGGAGGCCACUAA